UCAUUGAGACUAAGAGCAGAAGCUAAGCGUUGGUCUUGGCAGAAAGACAGCAAUCCACCUAUACACAUCCGUGAUACAAUUAUAAGAUUAUUCUGUACACACUUGAGUAAACAACUGCAUGCAUUUCAGAAAAUGCCUUAAGUAAUAAAUGCCUAAUGUUGACUGCGUUAACAGUGUUCAGAAAGAACUUUGUUCUUGACCCGUGUGCUCCACUUUACUUUCUCGCCCUUCUUCCAGAAAUAUUGACAAAGGUCACACAGGACAACAGCACCAAGGAUGGUGCAAAGUGCUAUGCUGCAGGCUACUCCCAUCACUGCAGCGGAUGGGUGUUGGUCGGACACGUUGCAUCUCUUCCGGAUCUGCUGGCUCAAGCCGGAAGGCCACACUUUCAGCAGUUUCAGAAAGCUGUCUGGGGCUUCAAAAGAAGCACAGCAUUGACAGUGUUUCUAAAGCGCCAAAAGCGAAAGGAGGGUGAAAGUAAUGUAGCAUUUCUUGCAAGAGGCAGGGCAGAAUAUGCAGCUCUGUCACCUCUUGAGAAAAAAAAACUGGCGACAGAAGCUGCAUCCAAUACUCUUCCAGAAACUCUGGAAGAAAAAAAAGAAUAUCUUAAGCAGCUCAUGCGCCAACUACACAAAGUGGAAAAUGUUCUUGCACACAUUGGUGCAACAUACUACAUUGAAAUAAAUUUUGACGACACGAAUCAUACUUUCGCACAUGAUAGCAUUCCUAGACAUGUGCUACAAGAGACUCGAUAUCCAUUGCAGGCACCUUUAUCAAACGUCGCAUAUCUGCGCAAGUGUGUGCAGAAAAUUUUUAAUGAUGCAUAUGCCAAAGCAUUGGGAAAGGAGGAGUGCAACACCAACUUCCCCUACAAGAGACACUCUCUUUCACCUGUAGUCAAAAUUACAGGAAUGCCAGAAGGUGUUAAAUUUAAACACCCUUCCAAUUAUGGAGCAGGAACAUUAAAACAAAUAGUUGCCAUCAAGGCAAAUAUCAAGAUGGAGCUCAUAGCCCCAAGUGCCCCAGAAGUCAUACAAACCGGUGUGGUGGAACAUAUUUUCGUGGCAGGAGAAUCAGCUUCAGAAGUGGUACAAACUACCUUGGUGCAGGAUAUUGUGGCAGAAGACCCGAGUCAGUGUGCUGCAGAAGUACAAACACCGGUAGUGGCGGCUAUUUUCACGGCAGAAGAGCCAGAUACAGAAGUGGUACAAACCACCUUGGUGCAGGACAUUUUCAUAGUAGAAGACCCAGCUUUAGAAGUGAUACAAACACCAGUGGUGGCGGAUAUUUUCAUGGCAGAAGACCCAGCUUCAGAAGUGGUACAAAGACCGGUGGUGGCAGAUAUUUUCAUGGCAGAAGACCCAGCUUCAGAAAUGGUACAAAGACCAGUGGUGGCAGAUAUCUUUGUGGCAGAAGACCCAGCUUCACAAGUGGUACAGACCACCUUGGUGCAGGAUAUGCAAGAGGGGCCCACAAGCAGUUCGCAAAUUAGUACAGUACAGGAUUCUGCAAAGCAGCAGCAGGAAUCAGGGAGAAAAAAGAAAAGAACAGGUACAAGAAAGGAUUCCGCAAAGCAACAGCAGGAAUCAGGGGAGACGAAGCAAAGAACAGGACUCAGAACUCUGUGGACAGCAGCAGAAGUACUUCUUGUUCAGCAACACUUCGGUGAGGAGUUGGCCGGGCUGAAGCCAGUGUCACGCAGCAGCAUUGACAGUUUUCUGGAGCAACAAACAGUGGUCAAAAGGACUUCUACUGCAUUGGGAAAUUAUCUGUUAAGGAACAGGAAGAAAAGCAGACCUGAUGAUCAGUAGUGAAUCGCAGCACCUUAUCACCAAGACUGAUGACGCUUGAGAUAUUGGAUUGAGUCUUAAGGGCAUUCUGUACUUUCAAGACGCAUUUUCACUGCCAUGUGCUAUCUGCUUCACAGAGCUGACUGAUGUGUGGGUUCUUUCUGGGUACUCCACCUUCUUAUCACCAACCACCUGUGUGAUAAUGUUCCAUGAUGCAGCCCACCAAAUUCAAGACAUUAAAAAAUUGCAAUUUUUCCUUUUUGGUAGCUGUCAGUUACAUUGAAUUAUAUGUAUUCUUCAUUGCUUUGAUGUCUUUGCAGAAAUAAAGCAUUUGCCCAGUGAUGGGAUUUGAUCCCAGUACAGAAAAAAAUACGACUUGUAUGAUUAGUUGUGACACUUGCCUCAUAAGGUAUAUGUUUCUAUCCAUGUGAUUAUGACAUGGUAGGGUGUUGUGGUUGUGUGGCUGUUACGUAGGUUCGGAUGUUAUGAACUAAUUAUUUGAUCUACACUGUUGGUGUUGCUAUUGGUUGUGUUGUAACUGAAUAUAUAAAAAUGUAAAGAAGUUAUGAAUGUGGAAGAUUGUAAGUUUUUUAAUUGGUCUGUAUGGUUAAAUUUGUUGCUGGCAUGUGUUUGUGCGACGGUGCUUCUCAGGAUUCAUCAUUAAAAAAAAAAUGUUAUUGUUA